CAACAACUGUCCCAAAUCAUGCGUUUCUUCGUCAUCUUCACUUCUUUGGUCGCUGCCACUUCAGCUUUCUUGUUCCCAUCCGGAGGAGGUGGUGGAUGCGGAUGUGCCCCACCACCACCACCACCAGCCUGCGGAUGCGGAGGAGGUGGCGGCGGAUACGCUGCUCCACCACCAGCCUACGCUGCUCCAGCCGGAGGAUACGCCGUCGCCGGAAAAUAAGCGAAUUGACUUCGAGAAACAGUUUCUGUAAAUUUUGAAAACUGAUUUAUCAAAUAAACAUUGAACAUUCCAAAUUUUGUUUUUUAUUG